AUGGUCAAUAUAAGCGGUCCAUCAAGUGUGAUUCAACAGAGUAGUCAUAAUCCAAACAACAACAACAAUAAUAUUCAAGCAGCUACAUCCACAUCGACUGUGAUCAAUCACAAAAUGAGUGUUAUUGGAGGUGAUCCGAACACUGGCGUAGAUUAUCAAAGUCAAGAUUGUAUGCAAGACAAUGCUCUAGGAGAAAGUAAAACCGAUGAACAGGUAAUGCUUUAUUGUUUUUGUGAACGAUGUGAACGACUGAACAUGAUUUUUAAAUGUCAGUUAUGA